CACAAGUCCAGAGUCUGAGCUGGAAGAAGAACACAGACUGCAGCCGGGUUCCCUCCACAAUAACUACGAUCCAUCAGCGACCAUGAAUUUCCUCCUAGAAACCCUCAGAGUGCUGUUGUUGUCCCUCUGGUACAAUGUAGAGGCUUUCAUCCACCUGUUUGUACCAAAGAGGAAGAAGAACAUAACAGGUGAGCUGGUUCUGAUCACGGGGGCCGGCAGUGGCAUCGGCCGCCUCAUGGCUCGGGAGUUUGCGGCUCAUGGCACCGUGUUGGUGUUGUGGGACAUUAACCAGGAGGGAAUGAAGGAAACGGCUAAACUGGCUAAACAGAACGGAGCCAGCAGAGUCCACUACUACCUGUGUGACUGCAGUGACAAGAAUGAAGUCUACAGAGUGGCUGACCAAGUGAAGCGAGAGGUGGGCGACAUCAGUAUACUGGUGAACAACGCUGGGAUCGUGACUGGAAAGAAGUUCAUGGAUGCUCCAGAUUCCCUGAUUGAAAAGACGAUGGAGGUCAACUCGAUGGCUCACUUCUGGACCUACAAGGCUUUCCUUCCUGCCAUGAUCGCCAACAAUCACGGCCAUCUGGUCAGCAUCGCCAGCUCUGCAGGGCUCAUUUCAGUCAAUGGAUUGGCAGACUACUGUGCCAGUAAAUUUGCAGCGGUAGGGUUUGCAGAGUCUGUUGGUUUGGAGCUGCUGGCUACUGGAAAAGACGGCAUCAAGACCACCAUCGUGUGCCCAUAUUUCAUCAACACUGGGAUGUUUGAUGGAUGUCAAACUAAAUGGCCAACACUGCUGCCCAUCCUGGAUCCAGAGUAUGUAGCGAAGAAGAUCCUCAAUGCUGUGCUGACAGACCAGGUCUACCUUCUGCUGCCCAAGACCAUGUACUUGAUCUCUGCCCUCAAAACAAUCCUGCCCAUGAAGCAGGGCAUUCUGCUGGGUCAGUACCUGGGAGCCUUCAACCUCAUGGACCACUUCAGGGGACGAUCCAGGAAACAGGAGUAAACCAGGACCAAAGGGAACCGUGGAAGUAUUCAACUUGUCCAUUUUACACCACACCUGCCUGUGUGCUGUUGAGCCAGGCAGGAAAAGAGUGAAA